GGGGCCGCGGCCCCGGGACUGUACCGGGGCCCCGGUUCUGGGGGCUCCCCCCACCCACUGCACCCCCCCCGGGGCGGGGCUCCCGCGGCCCCGCCCCCCACGACGCCACUUCCUGCCGGGACGCGGAGGUCUCGGUGCCGCCGCCUGUACCGGGCCGUACCGAGCGGGUCAUGGUGGUGUUGCGGGGCGGCGCGGGCCCUGAGGAGCCCUACCCGAGGAUCGAGGACUGCCUGCCCCCGCUGGAGGACUCCCCAUCCAAGAGGUUCUCCCCCUCCAAGCGAAAGCAGUAUUAUAUCAACAAGGCCAUCCGCAACUCAGACCUCAUCCCCAGGGCCAAGGGGCGCAAGAGCCUGCAGAGGCUGGAGAACACUCGCUACCUUAUGACGCUUCUGGAGCGAGAUGAAUGUGGGAGCGAUGAGGGAGAGCUCACCCACUCCGCCACCCCGAGCAUCUUCACUGAGGCCUGUAACAAUGAGACCUAUGUGGAGAUCUGGAACGACUUCAUGAACCGGUCAGGAGAAGAGCAAGAGCGAGUGCUGCUCUACCUGGAGGAGGAGGCCAGGAAGAAGCACAAGAGGAAGCUGCCCGUCAAGAAUGAAGAUAAGUGGAAAGAGCACCCUGCCUACACACCCAAGGAGUGCUUCCAGCGCAUCAGCCGCCGCCUGCGCUCCACCCUGAAGCGGGGCAGGAUCCCCAUGGGGACACUGGAGGGCCUGGAGGAGGAGCUGCUGGCCUUCUUCUCUGUCACCCCUCACUCCGUCUACACAGCGCUGAUGGACAACAGCUUCGAGCGACUCCUGCUCCACGCGCUCUGCCAGUACAUGGACCUCGUCUCUGCCAGUUCGGACAUCGAAGGGAAACGUCAAAUGAAAGUGAGCAACAAACACCGUGUCUUCCUGCCCCCCGAGCUCCUGCUCUCAGACUAUCUGGGGCAGAUGAGCUGAUAGCCCGAGGGACGCCCUGCCCCUCGCUUGGUGCGCUGAAGGCUUCCUUCAUCUGCUCGUGGCCUCCCCCAGCCCCGCUGUCCCCUCAGGUCUGGCCCGCUGCCCACCUCUCCCCUUGCCCGAGCGGGGCGCAGUGGGGACCAGCUCCGUCCUCGCACCCUCCUCGAGGGGCUUGUCCCUCCCCCUCCUCCCAGAGCAGAUGCUUGAUGGUGCAGAGCCGGGGGCUCACGGCGGCGCCCGGCCGGCUCGGGGAGCAGCGCUGCGCUCCCCUCGCGGUGCCGGGACUGACGCCCGCGGGGCAGCAGGCACCGCAGCCCUGCCGGCUAUCGCCACGCUCCAGAUCGCAAGGUGUGGGUGAAGCAGGUGCCUAUCUGCCGUGCUUGCCCUGCUCCCCGGGAUGCAGUGCUGCUUCCUGGCCAGAGCUGCUCUCCCUGGAACUGUUUGUGUGUCUAUUUAUAGCCCAGAUGCUUUUAAAAAUAAUCAGGCUGGGCCAAACCCACCUCUGGCACUGAUGCUCGUGGGGUGAUUUCGGUCCAGAUUUUUCUGUGGUGAAACAGCUCCUCGCGGCUGCUGAGCCAACGCUGAGCCAGCGGAAGAGCCUCGGGGCCGUUGCGUUCCCGGGAGGGCGGCACUUUGUCCGGCGCCCGCCGCUCUGUGCCCGGGAUGGGGCGUUUUGCGGGGGGCUCCAGCCCUUCCAGCCCCCUGGGGCAGGGUGCAGCGUGGGGAGCUCCCGGGCACGCCGGCCUUUCGGCUGUUCCCUUGCUCGCGCGCCAGCCAGCGGCACGUGGACCUGCCUGCGGCACGGGGCGCCGGGCUGUUUUUAAAUGUAAUAUAGCCUCUGUUUUUUAAUGUGUGUGUACGUGUGUGUGUGUGUGCUGGAGGAGCGUGGCCUGGCUGCUGGGGCCCCUGUGCUCUUGCUGCUUGCCCACGGCCGCCGUGGGGGUGGAUGAUGCAGUUUGGGGGUCCCCCCCCAUGUCACCGGUGUGUGUCGGGGGUUUGUCGCAGCUGAGGAGCGCUGUGGGGCGGGGGACCAUGCCCUGCCCUGGAUGCUGCGGGGCUCUGUGGGGUGGCCGCUGGCUGUGUUGGACCCCCAGCCCAGGACCGCUGCGGCAGCACCCCCUGCCCCUGAUCACCUGCUGGGGGGUCUUGGUGGGUUGCUCAGGGCUCUGUGAAAUCACCAACCGCUGUUAAUGGAGGGGACCCCUGGCGCUGCCCGUGCCCCCCGGCACACCCUCGCGUUUGUUUGCGUGACUCGGGCGGGGUUCAGGAACAAUAAAGCACGGUGCUCCCAG